AUGUCGAACAAGAGGGACGAUGAUAUCGAGAGCAGCGGGAUGGAUGAGAAGGACCCAGGUGUGCGGGAGAGCUUCUUGCCCAAGACUCCGUCUCGUCAGCAGACGCCCGUCAAUGGCUACAGAGGUGGCAUCCUCUCCCAGCUCGAGAACAACUCCGGUGCCGCCGUCCUGGCCUACUGCUUCUCCUCGAUCAGCAUGACCGUUGUGAACAAAUACGUCGUGUCGGGUUCCUCUUGGAACCUGAACUUCCUCUAUCUGGCCAUUCAGUCUAUGAUUUGCACGGCUGCAAUUGUAUUCCUGAAGCAGAUGGAUCUCAUUCCAAGCGUUGCUGCCUUGGAAGCCGGCAAGGCGAAGAAAUGGCUCCCCGUAUCUGUGUUCUUUGUCGGUAUGAUCUAUACCAGCACGAAGUCUCUCCAGUACCUCUCAGUCCCGGUAUACACGAUCUUCAAGAACUUGACCAUCGUCGUUAUCGCGUAUGGUGAAGUUUUAUGGUUUGGUGGGAGUGUUACCCCGCUGCUUCUGCUCUCCUUCGGCUUCAUGGUGCUCAGCUCUGUUGUUGCUGCGUGGGCCGAUAUUCAGGCUGCCUUCAACGGCGCCGGGCACACGGCGGAGACCGCUGCUGCUAUUUCGACUUUGAACGCCGGGUACGCGUGGAUGGGACUGAACGUCUUGUGUACUGCGAUGUAUGUUCUGGGUACACGCAAGUUCAUCACCUCGUUGAACUUCAAAGACUGGGAUACCAUGUUCUACAACAACCUGCUCUCCCUCCCUAUCAUGAUCGUCUGCUCUGUGGUCACCGAGGACUGGUCGUCGGCCAAUCUUUCCAGGAACUUUCCUGCUGAUACGCGCAACAAUCUCAUCAUCGGCAUGUUCUAUUCCGGCUUGGGUGCGAUUUUCAUCUCGUACUCAUCCGCCUGGUGCAUUCGCAAGACUUCAUCAACGACAUACUCUUUCGUGGGUUAUCUCAACAAGCUCCCGCUCGCCAUUAGCGGCAUCGUCUUUUUCGAUGCCCCUGUCACGUUUGGUAGCAUCACGGCCAUUCUUCUCGGGUUCUUCAGUGGCCUUGUCUAUGGCUAUGGCAAGAUGAAGCAGCGAGAGCAGUCGAAGCAGGUGCUCCCUACCUCUCGGCCGGCUAUGAGCGCGAGCUCACAGAGCCAGAAGGACGCAUCCAGCUAA